GCGCACAACACACGAUAAAACCCGUUACACCGAAGAAACCUCCCGAGCCUUCUCUCGUUUCCCCCCUCGCGGAGCAACAAUGGCGGAGAGCUCAACCCUAGUGCGAGCUCUGUGCCCUAGCCUCGUCACCUCGCGUUGCGCUCGCGGUUUACCUCUCGCAGCCCCCUCGCCUCUCCCAUCUCUCCGCCUCCGCCGCGUCGGAGGAGUGGCCUGGCGAGGGCGUGGGCGAGGGGGCUCCUUUUCCGUGCGAUCCAUGGCGGCGGCGUCGUCGGCGUCGUCGGCGUCGUCGUCGUCGGCGUCCUUCGGAUCGCGAUUGGAGGAGUCGGUGAAGAAGACGGUGGUGGAGAACCCCGUGGUGGUCUACUCCAAGACCUGGUGCUCGUAUUCGUCGGAGGUGAAGUCGCUGUUCAAGCGGCUCGGAGUGGAGCCGAAGGUUAUAGAGCUAGAUCAGCUUGGUCCUCAAGGGCCACAGCUACAAAAGGUGUUGGAAAGACUGACAGGACAAUCUACCGUUCCAAAUGUUUUUAUAGGGGGAAAGCACAUUGGUGGUUGUACAGAUACUGUAAAACUUUACCAGAAAGGAGAGCUAACUCCUUUGCUGUCGGAACUAAACAUUGGCGCCAAGACCUGGCAACAGCCUUAAUACAGGUCUAGUAUCGGAUUUGAUGAUUUGGAAAUACGGUGCCGGUUUUUCUUGUAAAUCCAAUUUAACUCACCGUAGCUUGUAACUUUAUCUGCGCAAGAUAUUACCGAAUUCCAUAUGUUUUUAUCUGUAUUUUCAUUAGAUAUAUUGCUGUCUAAUUUUAUCAACUCGGUCCCAGAAACAAUAGAAAGUUGCUCAGUUUUACUAUAAUUUUAAUUUGUUGUAGUAGUUGCCCUUGAACUCUCGACAAAUUGCUAUUUGAUCUUCUGAGUGUUUUACUCAAUUCUUUA